AUGUCGGAGCCGGAGCUGGAGCCUGGUCGCACCAAGCGGCCCGGCGUCUUGCACGGAACCGCCGCGCCGUUGAGCGACGCGUUGCGAGGAGCACUUAACGCCGCUAUCGAGACCAUUUACGCGACCGGUGGGCCAGACACGUCCCUUCACUGCAACGCGCCCAACUCAGAUAUGGGACAUCAUGCCAGUACGACGAGCCCCGAUGCUGCCCUCACGGCGUCUUUUCCAGCCCCUAAUCCGCCGCUGGACGCUGCUUUUGCGCGGCUGACAGAGUGUUUGAAGCGCUGGGAAUCGAGGAUUGAGGAUCGCUCAUUACGUUGUCAAACCGCCGUCUAUCACUUCCACCCUCCAUGGAGCUUUGCAGAUUAUGAAAGCCGGGUCAUGGGUCAGAACAUGUCUGAUGCCGACUCUACUUUGGUAGCCCGCCUUCGCUGGAUAUGCCCCAAAUUGGGAUUCGAAGUGUUUCCUGUCGUUCUGAAAUACAGCGGAAAUGCUUGUCAAUACAAUGCUUGGGUUCCCCUCGAGCAAGCAAACGGCCACGCGAUGCGUGCUUCUUCUGGACACAACGGCUCCUGGAAACCAUACCAACAUGUCAAGCACACUCCAAGUAUCUUUCAAUUCAAUACCUUCUCAGGUUCCACACUUGCAGAAAGUGCGGCUUGUCAUGAACGCAACCUUCUCAACGAAAGGAACGUCUUCUGGGAAAGAUCUCGCCGCGGUAUAUUCGGCUGGCAAUCUCCGGACGAACAGCGGCUAUAUGAAGAAGAGCGCAAGCUUCGCGAGGCGAACCCUCAGUGGUAUCAUAACAUCAUCCCGGGUACUAGUAGUGAUCUUGGGUCUUACUACGCACCGGCUGUAAUCAUCGUACCUUUCAGCACGCAGAUGGACUUCGUCAACAGGGCUGAAAACCCACAGCCCGUUGCUCGGAUUUGGCGAUACCUGCUGGCACAGUGCAAUGAAUCCGUCGAGUCGGCAGCCUACUUCGCUGCUGUGCAAACCUUGUGCAACUUUUUGUGGCCUGAAAAUGAUGACGCGCCCACAGAGACUCAGAUCCUCGGCAUUCGAAUUCGAGACCGUCAGGAGUGGAUCGAUGCUGUUGAUUCAGACAUAAUGGGCGACUUGGUUGUUGCUUCAUUAGUUACCAAGGACAGCCAUCUUUGCACCAGACUCAUUGCUCGAACACAAGUUGAGCCCGAAGUAAAUUACACCUGGGUGUGUGAGAAGGCCAGCGUUCAUGGCUAUUUCGCAGCUGAUGUGCUUUAUGGACUUCGCCGCUUCCUCUUCAAGCGUAGCAACUUCUUGCAAAUCGCAGGCAUUAUUGACAAACUGCCUGCGUAUUGCGAAGCUAGUGACAGGGCCGAAACCGUCUUGGAGCUCGUGAAAGCUACCCUGUCAACACUCGAAUCACCUGUAUCGGCAAGCCAUGGCCGAAUAGUGGUCAACUUCAUAAGACUUUUCAAGGAUUUCAAGACGUGGAGCGAUGUCGUGCAACCGGCUAUUGUCAGCCAGCACCGGCAGCUUCACCGGCACAGUCAAUUUAUGCUCGGGUUGCUCAACAGACUCCUUGAGGUGACGAGGAAAGACAAUCUUCCUAUUGACCAAGUGACGGCCUUUUACCAGCAGUACGCCGACCCGAAGAAACCGUCUCAGACAUUGUGGCAGGUUGCUCGUUUGGUCAGCAAUGCCGCGAAAGAUCAGACUGCCGAAGCCAAGACCGCUCGGCAGACCUGGUUUGCUUCUGAGCCAAAGGAAGAGUUUGUUAAUGAAAGGUCAGAACCGCUUCCAAUACAUCACGCAGUGAUUGCCGGCGUCUUCAGAAGCCUUGACCGGCUCGGCAUGCACGAUCAGGUGACAGACCUGGCCGACUAUAUGGUCGAACACAUUGCCGAGGUCGAGCCUAUACAGAUUUCACCGCUCUGGAUGCCACUCUUGAUGGCUCUACAAGACCUGGCCGAUCCUGAAAACCGGGCGUUCCGGCGCUUGUUUCAGGCCAUCUUCGAGCAUUACGACAAGGCUGUCUUCGAAGACAUCUCUGACCGACUGGAACAUGAUCCAGAUUCCAUAUCACAUAUGGCUGCAUGCUGCAAGUACUGCCAAAGUCUGAACUCCUAUCUCGAGCAGCCCCUCUGGAAGACAAUUCAUUUGGUGCACCCAAGGGCUACGGUCAACCACAUUGAAACAAGGCUUUGCGGACAAGGAAAGCCCGUUAAGAUAGUCGUUUACGGCAAGAACGAAGCGAGCUUGACGAUGCAGUUGACGAAGACCUCCCUAGUCAACGAGAAACUGCGCCAGGUUGUGGAAUUGCGGCGGCAAGAGGCGACAGCAACUGUACGACAAUUUGACCCGGCCAAACUGUUGCCUUUCCUCGAAGACAGGGGAGAAAUCAUGUGGAGACUCGGGAACGCAGAGUCUGCCGAGGUGCCCAGGGAGAUCUCUGCUAGACGCUCAGAUUCGCAGGUCACCAGCACUGCGAAGCUGUCAAGAUCAAGGUCGUCUUCCACUCCAGAUGUUUCUCCGAGCCCCUCAAAGUCGCCUCGGGAAAAUGUCCAACAACUUGGGAUCAAGAGCGAAACUCCAUCAAGCAUCGAGACGAGGCUCGACGAAUCCACGUCAAGGGCCGAAAGCCCUAGUAAUUUCGAUACCGUCAAAGCAGAGCCUUCCUCGGCUGCUGGCUCAGCAAGACGCUCGGUUCGUGGAGAUAUUCGAGCGUUGUUUGGUGCCGCCGGCAACAAGCAGGAAACCACAUCAUUUAGUAGUCAAAGCCUGCCGAAGGCUAACGGCAGUUCGACAAGAGAUCGCCUCAGGGAAUUGGGCAACAUCAAGCGGGAGUCUACCCCCAAGUACGACGACAAUUCAACAGAGCGACUUCGUGCGGUUUUGGCUAAGAGUCGGGCACAGAGGCAGGCGCCUGGGAGCAGUGGCAGCAUACCCCCAAGCUCUUUGUCAAAGACAACGACCCCUUCAAAGAGGACGGAAUCUCUGGCUUCAUCUGCCGCACCCACACGCAGCAGGAAUGAGUCUCCUAGCCUCAUAAAGACAGUCGGCUUGACAGAUGGAACACCACUGUUGCCACUUGUUCAGAGUGCGACUGCUGGAUCUGCCAGGUCGCGGCCUUCAGUUCUUGUCGGCCCUUUGGCUGGCUCUACCCCGCUCCUAGGCUCUCUGGCAGGUACCUCGCGCAGAAGCCUAGGUGUCGGGGUUAGAGAUAGAAGUCCUUCAAGCAGUCCUUCACGGGCCACGGGCAGCAUCGAACCGGACUUCAUGGCGGCCAUUUUGGAUGCGGAGCGUGCGAGAAAAAGGCGUGCCGGUUCUACCUGGGAAGUGCGGGCAGCCUCCGGCAACGUCGUGGGCUCGGGGACAUCUUCCAGGAAGUCGAUAUUCGAGAGCUCCCGACAGGACAAGGAGAAUCCUCGGUUGCCGACCUUGACGGGGGCGCCUUGUCUUGGGACCGGUUCAGCUGGUCGAGCGAGAUCGACUGCCAGAGCUUUGGUGGCGAGGUCGUCGAACGCGAGGCCGGGCACCACCCGCAUUCCCGCCUCGGCCGGGAGCAAAAGAAAGAUGGACAGCGACGACGACGCCAUCAUCGAUCUUGGCGGCGACAGCCCUCCGUUCGGCGGCGCAAACAAGAAGAAGAAGAGCAUCCCCGUUUUUAACAACCUCGACGACGACCCCUUUGGCGAGGAUUGA